GGCGUGAACCAGAUGGUCCAAUCAGCUAUUUAACACACGCCAAAACCGAAUCAGAGUCCCAGAAGAUGGCGACCGCUCUAGUGGUGUCAACUUCAAUUACUUCAAAUUCUGACAAGGAAAAAUGCGAAACAGCCAGUCAGAAGGUUGUGAGUCCAGAAGCGUACAUCAAACAUCCAUUACAAAACAGGUGGGCUCUGUGGUUUUUCAAGAAUGACAAAAGCAAAACAUGGCAAGCCAACCUCCGGCUCAUCUCCAAAUUCGACACAGUGGAGGACUUUUGGGCUUUAUAUAAUCACAUUCAGCUAUCGAGUAAUUUGAUGUCUGGCUGCGACUACUCACUGUUUAAGGAUGGGAUCGAGCCGAUGUGGGAGGACGAGCGGAAUCGGCGAGGUGGCCGCUGGCUGAUCACUCUGUCCAAACAGCAGCGCAAGUGUGACCUGGACCGCUUCUGGUUGGAGACGCUCCUGUGUCUUGUCGGUGAAGCCUUUGAUGACCACAGUGAUGACGUGUGUGGAGCUGUCAUUAAUGUCCGCGCCAAAGGAGAUAAAAUUGCAAUAUGGACCACAGAUUAUGAAAACAGAGAGGCCAUCACACACAUAGGGCGUGUGUAUAAAGAGAGAUUAGGCGUUCCACCUCGGGUGAUAAUCGGUUACCAGUCACAUGCAGACACGGCCACAAAGAGCGGCUCCACCACAAAGAAUAAGUUUGUUGCCUGAGGAUCACCGCCAGGAUCGACAACCAGCCCACCAACAAACUAACAUCUGCAGUUGAAGUGGGGGGAAAAAAAUGACCACCUUUUUUUUUUGUUGUUGUUGUUGUUUGUUUAGCAACGAGGUACCUCUUUGCCAAAGCAUUUGCUGCUCAUUAGAUAAUAAACGUUUAAGUUGGAGCACUAACAGAACUUGUUUUCUUAAGUUGUGAUGGGCUGAAGAUUGAGUGAAGCAUGUUCUGAAGCGUAGUUUCAUUUUCAACAGCAGCUUCACAUCCCUGGACAUUUUUUUGUACUCAUCCAGCCCAAGGGCCAUUAUUGCUCCUUAAUUAUUAUUUUUGGUUGUUGUUAAAGUCGUAAAAGUUUUUUUCAGAUCACAUGUACCUAAGGGUUUACAUCAUAUUCCUACUUCGGUGUUGAUGGUGGCACGCUGUGAGAAUAUUGUUUACAGUUGUUUAUUGUUAGUUUACAGUUUACAGCAUUUUGUUGUUUACAGUGUAAACUUUUCAAUUGUACAUUGCCAUUGAUUUAUCAAGGCUCCCCCCCAAAAAAACAACUGUAUAAAUCUGUCAAAGUGCCCCCACCCCUAUCUGAAAAAGUAGUCGCCCUGUGUUUUCUCACAGGUUACCACAGACAGUCUUUCGCUGUAUAUAGUUUUGUUUAAUGUUUAGGUUGUCCUUUGUUUUUUUUUUUUGUUUUUUUUUUUUCUCCAUGUUGCCAAUAUGAGGUUUGUUAACUACAUUUUUACAGAACUGGCCUGUGUCUUGUAGUUACGCAAAGUGUGUAAUAUGUAAACACUUUGGUUCUAAAAUGAAAUGUCUACCGCUUUUGAAAGGUGGCAUACAUUCAGAGAUGCACAUGGUGCUUUUUAAAGAGUGCAUCCUCAAGAGAUUUGCAGUUUACUUUCUUUCCACUCAGCAAUGAGCCACACAAUGAGCAAGUGUUUUUUUUUUUUUUUUUUUUUUUUUUUUUUUUUUUUUUUUCCCCAAAUCAUGAAAAUGUAUGGAGCUUCAUUAAAAUGUAGCACAAUGAGUGGAUGUAACAAAAGAAAAAAAAAAAAAAACAUUUUGUAACGGGAAUAAUGUCUGAAAGGGCGGGGUGGAUAUUUUGCUAAUGAGCUGUAUAAUGUUGGGUAUUUUUUGUUUUGUCUUUGCCUAAAUAUUUACAUUCCCUUUGUGAGCCACUUCUGCCAAGAAUUAGCCAUAUAACUGCAGUUUAUUUUUCACACAGAGUUAAUUCAUGUGUUGUGAACUUCUUGACCGAGAUUGUCAUUUUUUUUGUCAAGUUUGUGACAUGACAGAGUUUGCUAUUGUUUGGGGUGACAGAAUGUGCCUUGACUGUAACCCCCUGCCCCAUAUCUGAACAGUAAGAGAACAAAAGAGAGAUGUAAAUAAACAUGUACAGUGGAGCUCA